AUGCGGUCGAUUUUUUGCAUAAUUACUAGUUAUUUAUUACCCACAGUCUUCACCGAAACUUGUUCUCAUAUAUGUCAUUUUUUUGCAUGGAUAUAUUUUUGUAAAGCAGUUUAUCCAAUUUGUUAUCUUGCUCCAGCAUUCAGUGAGCAUAUUCCUCCACCAAAAAGGCCAACAACACGAAUUGGGACCUUUGUAAUGUAUUUUAUUGUUAUAAUAGCUUUAACACUUGGACAAGUUAUGAACAUUAAGCAAUCGAUUGAAGUAAAUAGAACGAAAUCAAAAACCAUCAAACUUUUAGAAGAAAAAGUAACAGAUAUGCAAAUUUAUCAAAAACGUAGAAUUACAAAAGUUUCAAAAUAUUAUGAACAAGAAUUGGAAAAAGCCAAAAUAUUUCAUGAAGUUAUGGUUGAAAUUAUGGCAGAGGAUAUCGCAAAUCUGCGGUUAGAACUUAAAGAAAUUCGUAAAGAACGAGAUCGUUUAAUCAAAAAGAUUAAAGAUAUUUGA